AAAAAAAUUUUCCGAAUAGUUGGUCUACUGUCAAACAGGCAAAGUAAAGAAAAUUACAAUUUUUAGAUAUCAAUUUUUAAUAAAAUAAAUUAGUUAAGUUAUACUUUAUUAUUGAAAGUUUUGAAAGAACGUACGCAGUGUUUGACUUAAAAGUUAAACCAUAUAUGUGCAAAAUUGGUGUGUUUGCUAUAUAUGUUUGGUUUGGUUUUGGCGUCAAGACAGAGGGGUGCAAAACCUACUGCCCUAACAACCACAUUCAGUAUAAUAGUAAAAAAUAUUAAGCCGAAACUCACAAGAUAUUUGUUUUGUUAUAAAAGCGGCAAUUAAAUGAAGAAUGGCUACUACACAGCAAUACUCACUACGUUGGAACAAUUAUUUUCGACAUUUGACAUAUGCUUUGGACAAUCACCGCAACAACGAUGAUUUUGUUGACGUGAGUCUGUGCUGUGACGGACGUAAAAUUAAAGCACACAAAGUAGUGCUUUCCUCCUGUAGCUCAUAUUUCAAAGAGAUAUUCAGGGACAAUCCGCAUCCACAUCCAGUAAUAAUUUUUAAAUUUAUUAAAUUCGAAGAUCUCACCUCAAUAAUUGAGUUUAUGUACCAGGGUGAAGUGAAUGUACAACAGGAAGCACUGCAAUCAUUUCUCCAAACCGCCGAAUUACUUGCCGUGCAAGGACUUACAGCAGAGGAAAAGGAGAAACCAAAAUUGCCUCCGACACCGAUUAUUGAUGAACAGAAACUUAUUAAAACCAUCCCCAGUACUAUUAGAGCGGUGAAUGAUGUAACGACUGCGACACAGACUACACCGCAAACAAUCGAAAUACCAACGGCAACAAUAUUGCAGCAAACGCAGCCACAGCAACAGCAACAUACCGCUACGCAGCAUCAUCAUGUACAAACCCAAAUUCAGCAUAUUCAGGUGCAACAUCAACCGCAAACUCAUGUUCAAACCGUGCAAACUCAGGUGCAGCAACAGCAAACAACAACACAUCAACUGCAACAUCAUCAGCAACAACAGCAAUUGCAACAAACUCAUUUAAGUGCGCUGCCUUCAUCCAAUACGAUAAAGAAACGUAAAAUGACUUUUUCAGAUGAUGAUGAUAACAUAUACACUACAGAAGGCGUUGAUUAUGGCGUCAAAGAUGAUUCUUCGAUUGUUAAAACGGCGGAAAUGACAUUCCUACGUGGUACUGUUAAAAUGGAUAUACCCGAAUACAUAGUUGGUGAAGUAGACGAUAGCGAACAGUUGACUGACGGCAGCGCGCAGCAUACAUCGCAAGACGGUGGCACGACGGGCGCACAAAAUGUCACACAAUACACAUCUGAAUAUGAAAUUCUGACGGAAUCAGAAAUUGAAGAAAAGUUUCAACAAGCUGAUGCAGACAAUGCAGAGAUAACAAUCGAAAUGGGGCGUCUAUUAAAUCCAACGACGAGUACGCCAACAACAACAACACCUCAUACAACAUUAGACGAAUCAGGAGGCAGUGUCACUAAUGCUGUAGUAAAAAUUGAUAAUAAAGGCGGGGGAACUGCAGAUUUGCCAAAUAAUAAGUGGACAGAAUGUCAAUUUUGCAAAAUGGUCAUAACUACGGUUAAUCUUUGGAGACAUAUUCGUACGCAACAUACGCCUCAACCGCCCCGUAAAUGCGAAUUAUGCAACAAAAAUUUCAAAAACAAAUACAGUCUACGCGAACACAUACGAAUUUCGCACGAACAAAAAAUCACAGUGAAGUCAGAAAACUGAUUGACAAUAUUUCAUUUACGUCGUUAAAUUGACCGCACAUGCUAAUACAGCAAGUAACAAACUUAAAAAUCGAAUGUAAUUAAAUGUGAAGAAAGGAAGAGCUUAUGAAAAUCAUGGUUGACUGCAAUCAAUAAAAGGCAACUAUAAACAUCUGCGAUGUGAAUAUAAAACCAGUGAGCAAAGCACAUAAAUACGUCCAAAAAAAAAAUGAAUAAAGUAAUGGAACUACCAAAAUGAAAUUGAAAAGAAGAAUGCUAGAGAUUUAACCUAAAAAGUGCAAAGUAGUUUUAUUUUAAUUAAGCCACAGUGUAUUGCAAUAUCCAAUUAUUAGUUGAAAACGGGUUAAACUUAUUGACUAUAUUUUAAUUUUUUUUUCUAAUUUAAAGUAAUCGAUGAAUGUACGAUAAUUUAUGCGCUGCACUAACCCUAAUUAUUAUUGGACAUAAAAAGCUGUAAAUUUUAUUUAAUUACAUACAAAUUAGUCUGUAAACACAUAAUUUCUAAUUUAUAUUAAACCAAAAAUAUCUAUUUACUCUUUGAAACAAAUAUUAAUAUAAUUUUAAAGUGUCUAAAGGCACACAUAUUAAACAAAAUUCAACAUAAAAACUCAAGUUUUACAGUAGGAAAUAGUGAAUAAUUUUAAAUCUGCACUCCCCAUUAGGGAAGUUUGAGAAGUGUCUACUGCCAGGCAUAAAUUUCUCUAUCCCCAAUUAUUACUUAUUUUCAAAUUUAUCGGCACAAUUCUAGCAUCUACAUAAUCCGACUUAAAAUGUCAAUAUAACAAAACAAUAGAUAAAGAUAAAAACUGAAAGUGAGGCAGAUGUGUGUAUGUGUAUAUAAAUUUAAGAUAUCAUGUUUCAAUAAUUGAAUACAAUUGUAUAAAGAAUAUAUAACACAAAUUUAGUAGGAUAUUUAGUGUAAAUUAAAAUUAAAUCAGAUUGAUUCACAUAUAAAAUUCUAUAAUGUAGUCGCAGAUUUAAUGAUAACUAAAAUUAUGUAUAGGACGAGUGGAAUUAAAUAUCGUAAUUUGAUAUAUUCAAUAUGAAGUAUUUGUGAAAAUAAUACUUUUCGCCAAUAUAUACAUACAUAUAUAAAAGCUAUAUAUAUUUAAAAGUAUUCAAAAUUUAUUAAGAGUUUAUUGAAAUCUUAAAAGUUGUACAAAAUAAUACACAUAAUAAAAUUGGAAGAAACUACGAAUUGAGAAAAAGAAAAAUAGCAUAGAAUACUUAUAUACAGUUUUGGCCAACCGAAAAUUUAGCUAUAAAACGUAAAAUAUUAGAAAAUUUCCAUAUCUCGAGUCGAUAAUCUUAUCAUAUAGUACAAUUUGGGGACAAAAAAAAACAA